ACGCGAUCAUCCGUCGACAGUCAGUCGCACAGGAAUCGGUUGGAUAAAGGCGAUCGCGCUGUAACGGAGCAGCACCGGAGUCGUGUCCCGGACCCCAGCGCUCCUCUAUUCGCUCACACAUUAUUCCAGCUGGAUCUGUUUCCCUUUGCAGAAGCCAAAUGAUUAAUAAAACCUGUCUCCAAGACUGCAGCAGUUCAUCAGAGGAACAUGUUUAGUCUGCGUUAGUAAAACUACUUAAUCUUUCUCUCGGAGAGGAGAGACUUGAGGAUAAUAUUAGUCACUUUCCUUCAUUCUCCACCGGUUUACAGAAGUCGGAGGUGAAGAACCACACUUGAAGGACUCUCAGCUGCCAGACGUGUGAAUCAAUGCCAAGUCCUUGUCCUCCUCAGACAGCCUAGCGAAGGUGCAGGAGGUAGCAAGCUGGCUUUUGGAAAUGAACCAGGAUCUGCUGUCGGGGGGCAGCAGCAGCAGGGCGUCCCAGCCGCCGAGGCCUGGGGCAGGUAACAGCUCCUCCGGCGGCGCGGAGCACAUGAACCUGGUGCUGGAGGAGCAACAGAGAAGAGAAGCAGCCGAGGAGGAGGAAGGACGGAGGAGGGAGGUGAACGGAGACCAAAAGGGCAUUUCUGAGUGGAUGUGGGAGCAGGAGCAGCGUAGACGGCAUCACGACGACGACGACGAAGAGGAGGAGAAUAACGGCGGAAGGGAAGCGAGACUUCAUUCACAGGAAGAUGACGACGAGCGGCCGGAGGAUGGCUUGGAGGAAAUGGACCAGGAUAGUGAUGAGUUUGAGCGUUCAGAAGAAGAAGAGGAGGAGGAGGAAGAUGAGGAGGAAGGCCUACACUCUCCCUCCCUCAGGACCCCUGCGUCGGACCGUAAUGAUAACUCGGAGCAGUCCUCUGGACGACAGCACCAGCGCUCUUCCUCGUUUUGCAAGAAUAAGAUGAAGAGGAAGUUGGACCAUGACUCCGAGGUUCGAACUUCAGGAAAAAAGCCCUGUCACAGUCCUACAGGACUGCCGUUCCCAGCCACCCCCACUACGUUUCGGGACAUUCGAGUGGUCAUUGGGCAGGGUCAGCAGAGACGGCGCAUCACGUCCAUCCAGCCUCCCACCGGUCUGCAGGAAUGGCUGCGCACCUUUCAGAGCUGGAGUGGUCCGGAGAAGCUGCUGGCGCUGGAUGAGUUGAUUGACAGCUGUGAGCCCACGCAGGUGAAGCACAUGAUGCAGGUGAUCGAACCACAGUUUCAGAGAGACUUCAUCUCACACCUGCCCAGAGAGUUGGCCUUACACGUGUUGUCAUUCCUGGAGCCCAAGGAUCUGCUUCAGGCAGCUCAGACGUGUCGUUACUGGCGCAUCCUAGCGGAGGACAACCUGCUCUGGAGGGAGAAAUGCAGAGAAGAAGGUAUUGACGAGCCCUUGUACAUAAGGAGAAAGAAGGUUAUCAAGCCAGAGUUCACACACAGUCCCUGGAAGAGUGCCUACAUUAGACAACACAGAAUAGACACCAACUGGAGGAGAGGAGACCUCAGAUCACCGAAGGUGUUGAAAGGCCAUGACGAUCAUGUGAUCACCUGUCUCCAGUUCUGUGGAAACCGCAUCGUGAGCGGCUCAGACGACAACACGCUCAAAGUAUGGUCUGCUGUUACCGGGAAGUGUUUACGGACGUUAGUUGGCCACACCGGCGGGGUCUGGUCCUCUCAAAUGCGAGACAACAUCAUUAUCAGUGGCUCCACAGACCGAACGCUGAAGGUCUGGAAUGCAGAGACGGGAGAAUGUAUCCACACGCUGUACGGUCAUACCUCAACAGUGCGCUGUAUGCACUUGCAUGAGAAAAGGGUGGUGAGUGGUUCCCGGGACGCCACGCUACGGGUUUGGGACAUUGAGACGGGUCAGUGUUUGCACGUGCUCAUGGGUCACGUGGCGGCCGUUCGCUGCGUACAGUAUGACGGCCGUAGGGUGGUCAGCGGAGCCUACGACUUCAUGGUGAAAGUGUGGGAUCCUGAAACAGAGACCUGUCUACACACACUCCAGGGUCACACCAACAGAGUCUACUCCCUACAGUUUGACGGCAUCCAUGUGGUGAGCGGUUCGUUGGACACGUCGAUCCGGGUGUGGGAUGUAGAGACUGGAAACUGUAUUCACACGCUCACAGGUCAUCAGUCUCUCACCAGCGGCAUGGAGCUCAAAGAUAACAUCCUGGUCUCCGGAAACGCAGACUCCACCGUCAAGAUCUGGGACAUCAAGACCGGCCAGUGCCUACAGACACUGCAAGGUCCCCACAAGCACCAGAGUGCAGUAACCUGUCUGCAGUUCAACAAGAAUUUUGUCAUCACCAGCUCUGAUGACGGUACGGUGAAGUUGUGGGAUCUUCGUACGGGCGAGUUCAUCCGUAAUCUGGUCACACUGGAGAGCGGCGGCAGCGGCGGCGUGGUCUGGCGGAUCCGUGCAUCCAAUACUAAACUGGUUUGUGCAGUGGGCAGCCGUAACGGCACGGAGGAAACCAAGCUCCUGGUGCUGGACUUCGACGUGGACAUGAAGUGAUGGAGGUGGGCUUCGACGGCACUCGUUUGGAAAACCGGGAGCAGCCUGCUGCGCCAGGACCGAUCACUCAUGGCAUCUCCAUCUCCCUGUCGUGCCACGGUCCACGACUGCAGCCACAGUCCCGUUCACCUUCCGAGGUGCACACGCUCACAGCAUUCUGGGAAGGAAACUGACAAAGAAGGACUUGGGAAGUCCCUUUUCCGAUCACUCAAGGCGACCUCGCAGAGACUUGUUCGCUCAAGCCUGACUGAAGUUCACACACUUAUGUACAAACAUUUGUUUUAGUUUUUUGAACCAAACAGUCGACACUGUAUACAUGAGACGGACACGGAGUGAUACACAGUGUACACAAAAGUAACUUUAAUGGAGAAAGAUCAGAGCUUUGUACUGUGGGAGUGAUUCAAGAGAGAGAAAGGAAGCCAAUUUUGUCAGUCCUCAUCAACCUCAGCACACGCCAAAUAUCCCAAUCCUCCUCAUGCGUUGAAUUUUUAUUUUGUAUCCGUUUCUUUUUCCUUCACAAUCUUGGUUUCGCGUCAACAGCUGUGAAUUAAAGUUUUGUGCUUUCUUUUCAAGUUCAGAUCUUUUUGUUUGUUUGUUUCACAAUCCUCCCUCUGUUGCAAACAACAGGUUUCAGUAUUAAGCUAAACCCACUCUGCUGUUUCACACCUUUAUGGGAUUUUAUUUUGUAAUUAUAAUUUUUUUUUUGCUAUUCAGUACUCUCUCUGGAUUCGGAGAUGACCUGCGUUCAUUAUGUUUUUCAACCGUUCUGUUCUCAUUAGCUCAUCAGUGCUGGUGCUCUGCGGGAACUGGGAAUGUUUUCCCAUAAGCUCCUGGGAAAAUGCCCCCCCCCCCUCCAGUACUGUCCAUCCCAGUGGCCAAACUGGAUUUUAUGCUGCUAGACUCAAAGAAAACUAAAGUGGAUCUUUAACUGGCUGUGACGUUUUAGUCCCAGACGACAUUCUAAACAAAAGUGACUUGUGGAGUUUGAACUGAUAAAAACGCCACAAACAAACGUACCAACAAAAGCAAGAUAUUGAAAAAAACAGCUUUUUUGCCACUGAAACUUGAGCCAAAUGUGCCUCUACGAGGCGUAGAGGAGGGAGAAUGUCUGACAGAGACGGGUUUGUCUGCUGAGAUGAAACGCCGGACGAAUAAAAACUAUUUUGCGAGCACGACUGGGUGUGUGUGUGUGUGUGUGUGUGUGUGUGUGUGUGCAGGUGUGUGUUGAGCAAAUUAUUCACACAUUCCUUGAGACAAAACCUCUGUCAUCCUUGAAAUGUAUGCUUCGACGAAAAAGAAUCCCGAGAUUGUUGGAACCGACGUAAAGUUACCGAAGAAAAAGGUGGUCUUCGUGUACAGAGAUGCACAUCUGAUUACAUCUUAAGUGCUAGAGCUCGCCUGCUUCUGUUGGUGACGCUCUCAUGGGUUUUGUUUUGCUUCGUUUUUGUUUUUCUGAAUGGUCAUAACUCCAGACAUAACUCAUCCGUAGCCAAACGAUUCGUCUCAUCCUCCAAGUCACACAACUCAAGCUGAACUGUGAAAGUGGUUUAACACUGUAUAUUAAAGGAAAAACAAUCUUGUUCUUUCACCUGUUUUUUUUUUCCCCCCGUUUAAUUUAUAAUCUGGUUUGAGAAAUCAGAUGUUGGAGCUGUUUUGUUUUAUUUUUCAGUUUGUGUAAACUGUCUGGCAUAACAGACAGAUAAAAAAAA